AUGGUCGCGCGUCGCGCGGACUCCACGCUGCUCCGCCUCGCCGCGGCGCUACAGCUUCGCCUGCUGCCGCGCGCGCAGCGACCGUUGCCCUUCCCGCUCAUAUGUAGUACUGUAGACCCUACCCUCAACCCGCGGGAUACUAUCUCCGAUCCGCUGACCGCUCAUCCGUUCCCCUGUCUGCGCGACAAUCUUUCCGCUCCGCUUAAAGCCUCUCCGCUAUCAUGUUAUCACGGGAGGCUCUUCAGCAGCAGCGGCGGUGGCGGCGGGAACGGGAGAGACAACAAUGGCUGGGGACAAGAACAGCGACAGCAACAGCAGCAGCAGCAGCAGCAGCAGCAGCAGCAGCAGCAGCAGCAGCAGCAGCAGCAACAAGAGCAGCAGCGGGAGCAGGAGCGCGAGGCGCAAGGGCAAGCACGAGAGUGGACUUUGAAAGACGCGCUGCGGCAGCUUUACAAGCGAGUGCAUCCCGACACGCUCCAUAACCACCCGCACGAACGAGUGAGCGUGCCUGUGUAUCAUUGCACCCACGCCACGUGGCGGUGUUUACCGCUGCGCAUUCCGCCUCUCCCUUUCACGCCUGCUGCUGCUGGUGCUGCUGGUGCUGCCAUCCUUGCAGCCAAUGAGCGGUCGUUUCAGCAGCAGGCGUGGCAGCGGCGCACAUCACUGUUAAGGCGUCUCAACGGUUCUCGGCCGCGUGUGGUGGGGGGGUCCAUCCCUCUGCGCACGCGCAUGGCUCUCUCGCAACUCCUAGACGCCUGCGGCCUUCCCCCCCACCUCUCCAACGCCCUCGCCUCUGCCACUGCUGGAUUUGCUCCUGCUGGUGCUGGUGCUUCUGGUGGUGGCGGCAUGGGUGGGGAGGGUGUGAGGCUGUCUGAGUUGCUUGUAGAAGCGGCUGAGAUUCAGAGGCAGUGCGAGGCUGGGUGGACGGAUGGGGCUUGGAACGGUGGCAGCGGCGGCGGUGGGAGCGGCGGUAGCGGCAGCAGCAGCGCGAGCAGCUUGGUUCGCGAUCGGGCGAUGAUGGUGCAUGUGCUGCGAAUGGUGCGAGGGGUCACUGUUCACUUUCAACCACCACCAUCCCUAUCAUCAUCAUCAUCAUCACCAGCAGCAGCAGCAGGAUCAGGUUCCGUCUCUAUAUCCUCCCUGUCCUCCUCAGACCCCCACCCCCACCCCCAGCAGCAGCAGCAGCAGCAGCAGCAGCAAGAGGUGCUGUUGCUAGAGCAGCUGAUCAAGGCUCUCGAUCGCAAUCCAGACACAGACCUGUCGGGGAGCCAAGUCGUGAUAGGCAGCGGCGGUGGCGGGUAUGGUAUCGACUCCCAAGGCCGUGUGUGGCUGCCUCAGGGUGACGAUCUGAGCGCAUGGGGGGACUGGCUAGCCGGGGUAGACACGAGCGUGGUGCUAAGGAGGCGGGCACGAGCGCGGGAACGGCGUGCAAAGGAGAGGGCGGCUGCGCGUGGGAUGGAGGUUGAGAUGGUGUUUACUGACGCGGGAACGGCGGGGUUGCUGGUGUAUGAGGGGUUUUUGGAGCGUGUGAUUGGGCAUGCGGAGGAGCAUGGUGCUGUGUGCGACGGCCGGCUUUUCGAGCUGCCCGUUCGCGUUCUCGGGCAGGCAGUGGGCCGGAUUGGUGGAGGGGGAGGAGGAGGGGGGGAGGGAGGAGGAGGAGAGGGAGGAGGAGGCGGAGAUUGGCUGGUGGAUGGAGGGCGGUUACCUACCUGGAGCGGAGACCGGUUUCUGCAUCAGCAUCAGACCUUCUCAUCUUCUUUCACCUCUUCCUCCUCAUCCUCCUCCUCCAGUGCCAGUGCUGCUCUCCGCCCUGGGGAUUUCACCAUCGACCGCCGCUUCGGCUAUGCAGCAGUGCCGGUCACAGCAACACCCACGCAGGUUUACACCUUCCUCUCCCAGGCAGGAGGAGACGCCAUGGCUAUCCGACGGCUAGCGAGAGACGAGGAGCAGAGGCUGGAGCGGCUGAGAACGGACGUGCGGCAGCGGCUGCGGCUGCGGCGGCUGGUGGUGGAUGAGGGGAGGAUCACGAGGGAUCAGGGAGCCUCGGGGCUGCUGCGGCUGCUCCGGUUUGCUCCGCAGCUGGUGCAGCUCACGGAAGGGCUGUCUCUGUGCGUGUCUGACGCCCACCGCCUGCCCAUGCCACAGGAAGGUCGUGGGAUGAUCGCAUGGGGGAGAGGGCACGAGAGGGGGAAGGGAUCUGGGUUGCCAGGGAGCAAAGGAAGCUAG